CUGCCCUGACUGCUCCAUCCCACCCCCUUCCCAGGCUUAGGAUAGAACCCAGGAGUCCUGACUCCCAGCCACCCCCUUCCCGCUCUAACCCAUUAGACCCCACUCCCCUCCCUGCGCUAAGAACCGAACCCGGGAGUCCUGCCCCUGCCGAUGCUCCCCCUGCAGAAGAGUCCGGGUCCCUCGGCAUCGCCCUCCCUGGGGCCCCUGGCCGACCCGUGCGCCAACACCACCCAGCUGAGGGAGGAUGGCAGCCCAGUGCUGAGCUCCUUGAUGUUCUGCGCCGGCGUGGCCGGCAAUGUGGUGGCGCUGGCCAUCCUGGGCGUGCACCGCAAGGAGGUGCGUACCAAGUCCUCGCCCUUCUGCAUCCUGGUGACCGGCCUGGCCACCACCGACCUGCUGGGCACCUGCUUCCUCAGCCCCGUGGUCUUCGUCAGCUACGCCCGCAACGCCUCCCUGCUGGGCCUGGCGGAGGGCGGGCGAGGCCUGUGCCAGCUCUUCGCCUUUGCCAUGACCUUCUUCGGCCUCGCCCCCAUGCUCAUCCUCUGCGCCAUGGCGGUGGAGCGGUGCCUGGCCAUCAGCCACCCCUAUUUCUACUCCCAGCAUAACUGGCGCGGCUGGGCCAAGCUGGUGCUGCCGGCCGUCUACGCCUUCAGCGUCCUCUUCUGCUGCCUGCCCUUCCUGGGCGUCGGCCGGCACAAGCAAUACUGCCCCGGCAGCUGGUGCUUCGUGGAGAUGGCAGACGACCAGCCGGGCACCGCCGCCUUCUCACUCACCUACGCCACCCUCAUGGCCUUCCUCAUCCUGGCCAUCUUCCUCUGCAACGGCUCCGUCAUCGUCAGCCUCUGCCAGAUGUACCGCAAGCAGCGGGCCCGGCGCGGCUCCCUGGGGCCGGCCCAGCGCCGCCGGAAAAGCUGGCUCAGCCAAGGCGAGCAAGAGGUGGAUCACCUGAUCCUGCUGGCCCUCAUGACUAUCAUCUUCGUCAUCUGCUCCCUGCCCCUCACGAUCCGUGCCUACAUCGGCGGCCUGGCCCCGGACCGCAAUGAGAAGGGCGACAUGGUAGCCUUUCGCUUCGUCGCCUUCAACCCCAUCCUGGACCCCUGGAUCUUCAUCCUGUUCCGUAAAGCCGUCUUCCGCAGCCUGCACACGCUGCUCUGCUGGCCCUGGGCCGGGCGCCGGAGCCCGGAGCCCCGCAGGCUGGACGGCGUCCCCUUCCAGCCCAACUUCUCCUGCUGAGCCGUGGGCCCCGGGCACCGCCAGGCCCUGCUGCAGGGACCACGGGCACUGAGCUCGGCUGUGGCCCCGCCAGGCCCCGCCGGGGGCACCAUGACAUCUCCGGGCAUGGGGCCCCAAUGGGCACCUGGGGCUCUCCGCCCCCAGCCCCACCCACCGGCUGCAGAGGAGACCCAGGCACACGGCUGGGUGGGGCCGUGACUGGGGGCGGUGACAGUGCGAGACUGAACAUGAGCUAAGGGGGCCAAGGAGGGGAGAUGCCGUUCCCGGUGUGGGGCAGAGGGACCUGGCAGGGAGGGGCGGGGAUGCCCCCCAGGUGGGGUAUAAGGGACAUUUCAUACCCCCGCCCCCCAGCCACCUGGUGGUGCUGGAGGCCGAGCACCCGGGGGGACACAAGGUCAAGGGGAAAAGGGGCAACUUUGAUCCCAUCACUGAUUUCCCCCCCAUACCCUGGGCAUGAUCCAAAUGGGGGGUGGAGAGGGGCAUAGGGAUUACGUGGCUGGGCUAUAUGCACACACACACCCCCUUGUGGAAAUGGCACAGUCCGGCCUCUGGCUUGUUAAUAGCACUUGCAAUUAAAUGCCUCCGUCCUCCUUAUUAAAG